AUGCCGGGUCAGAACCAGAUCGGCGACUACAAGCUCAUCGAGCUGGCCGGGGAGGGCAGUUUCGGCAAAGUGUGGAAGGCGCGGCGCGCGGGCAGCCUGCAGACGGUGGCCGUCAAGCUCAUCACCAAGCACGGCAAGAACGACAAGGACCUGCGCUCGCUCCGCCAGGAGAUUGAGAUCCUGCGCAAGCUGCAGCACCCAAACAUCAUCGCCAUGCUGGACGCCUUUGAGACCAAGAACGACUUCUGCGUGGUCACCGAGUUUGCGCAGGGCGAGCUGUUCCACAUCUUGGAGGACGACCGGUGCCUGCCCGAGGGGGUGGUGCGCAGCGUGGGGCGCCAGCUGGUGCAGGCCCUUCACUACCUGCACACCAACCGCAUCAUCCACCGGGACAUGAAGCCCCAAAACAUUCUCAUCAGCGCCAACGGCGCCGUCAAGCUGUGCGACUUUGGCUUUGCGCGCCUGAUGAGCAGCAACACUCUGGUGGUGACGUCGAUCAAGGGCACCCCGCUGUACAUGGCGCCGGAGCUGGUGCAGGAGCAGCCCUACAACCACACGGUGGACCUCUGGUCCCUGGGCGUCAUCCUGUACGAGCUGUUUGUGGGACAGCCGCCCUUCUACACCACCUCCAUCUACACCCUCAUUAAGCAGAUCGUGCGGGAGCCAGUCAAGUUCCCCGACGGCAUGUCGCCGACCUUCACCUCCUUCCUGCAGGCGCGCCUCACCUCCUUCCUUCCUUUCUUGCUUCCUUUCUUGCGUGCUUUCUUUCCUUGCGCCUUCUUCGUUUUCCCGUCCACCCAGCGGGUCCGGUGCCUGCCCAGGGCUGCUUUGUGCAUGGGCUGCCGGGUGCUGGCCGCCUGCUAG